AAUGACAGAAGAAGACAUGCAUGUGUGGGGUGGAGAAGCAAAAAGUUGCAGGGAAAUAACUCUUUAUUAUUAUACAUAUCUGGAGCUGUUAGAGCACUGUAUAGACGGUGUGUUUGGCUUGUGUUGAUUUAUAUUAUAGGCUGUCAGCUGCAGGGCUUUAAUUCACCACAGAGGAACAGCUGACAGCUGAGCAGCAGAGAUGUGUUAGUGUUGUGUGUUAAGAACACAACGCAGUUUAUAGGAAACAUGUCCAAACACAAAACAUCCAAGAAAAAGCUCAUUAUUGAAGAUGAUGAGCCGAAAGAGGACGGAGAAGAACUGAAUCCCUUCUCCUUCAAAGAAUUCAUCAGGAGCAAAAAUCAACAUUCCAGCACCGUCGAGCCUGUUGAGAAAACGUCUGCUGGUGCUUGUUCAGUGGAGGAUGAAUACGAGUACGCCACAGGCUUCGAGCACAGCCAUAAGGCUCACUUUUUCACAGAUCCCUCUCUGCUUGACCAGUCGUUUGACUAUAAACCUGAGGAUGAAUGGACUGAAAGCUACCAGCCCUCGGCCAUUGAGGAAGCACAUGAGUUAGGACUGAGCGGCACUCUGGAAGGCAGUGCUUAUUUGGAUCACUCCUUACUGUCCUGUGAAGACAAGGACGAGACGGUAAACGAGUGGGAGCUGGGAGAGGACUUCUCACCACAGCCUCACGUCCACAGAAGGAGCACGGGUAGCUAUGAAGGAGAUGAAGAGACCUCAGUUAUUGAUCUCACCUUCCACUCGAAAAAAAGCAGUACAGAAAAUGGGAUUAGUUACCAGCAAAAGCUAAGAGAAGAAAAUUCUCAGCUUCGGAAACAUAUCAGAGAACUGAUAAAAAAGUCAGAGGCUGAUUCUACAAAGAUCAGACAGCUUACAGACGAGUUGCACAAUCGAAAUUUGCGAGAGGAAAGAGAAGCCAAAGCCUUGGAGAGCAUGGUGCAGUCUGUGGAAGAAAACCUCCAGCUCAUGACGAAACGAGCUGUUAAAGCUGAAAGCAGUUUGUCUAAAUUGAAACAAGAGGUCCAGCAGCUCCAGAGCCAGCUAGAAGCAUACAGAUGUGAGAAUGAGCGACUUCGUGCAGGAGAAACUGCUGCCUUGAGCUCAAUGAGACAAAAUGCACAAGUGGCAUCCAAGUACCUUAUCAAAGCUGCCCAAGAUGCUGAGACUUCCAUCAAGCAGUUGCUGACAGGAAGAGAGACUUUGUGCCUCGUAUCAGAGCUGCUGCGUUCAAUUGACAAGAUUACUGAGAUUCCAAAAUAACACCUUCUUUACUUCACUAUGUAGUGCCUUAACCUCCACCAUUAUUCCUUUACUCUUUCAAAUCAGAUGCUUUUCACAUACCAUGACUUUUUACCGCCAUCGUAGUCCAUGUAAUGUUAUUCUCUGUGGCUGUACGCCUCACGUGACGCACACACACCACGCCAUGACAACACUCUUACCCAUCCUAGCUAGUAUUGUCCACCUGACGAGAAUAGUUUGCUAUCUCAGUGACCUUUAUUAUUAACAGUAAUAAAGAUUAAGAAUUGUUUGCCUUCGCUGUAGCUUUGGAGGCAGAAAACCAAGAGAACUUGAGCUGCUUAUAUGACGUGAAGUGGGACGUCACAUUGUGUACUAAGUUCAAAUAUUUUCUAUUGAACAUGCCAUGAAUCUCCUCGUAGUCAAUUACCUCCCUGAUUGGUUGGAAAGUUUAAAAAAAAAAGUGCAUGACAUCACUUGAUGCUUUUCUGAAGAACUUUUUUACAAUUUUUGUAUGCAUAAGUUUACAUGCAAAACGUUGAGGAAAAAAAUAGUGUGAAAGCAGCCUAAUUUUUAAACCAAUUGUUCCUUCUGACAAUUUUUUAUUUUAGUCCCCAUUUUAAUUUCAGAUCUCUGGAUUGGUCAGGGUCUGUUGUCAGUGUGUCUAUCAAACAGUUUAGUGCACUUUAAUUAGAGUCCUAUCUAUCAACCCACAUGCCCUUUAUCCACUGAAAUAAAACCCGCUCACUGUUUGCAACUAAUACCAGUCUGUUCUAUCGCUCCCUGGCCAGUAGCAUAGGAGAGCUGAGAUUUCGUUCCUGUCCCAGAGAACACGCGCAUCUCUACGCUAUAGACAUCGUAAUGAAGUGAGAAAUUCGACUUCUUAGAAACAGCUGCUUUUUCAUUUGCGUUACUCAAAUGUGAAAAUUGUGUAAAGCUUGUGUAGUGUAAUAUUUUUGUGCAAUCGAGUGCAUAGCGUUGUUUAUUAACAUAGUGCUUUAUAAGUAAUGAAUAUGGUCAGACAGUGUAUGUUAAGAUAUUAAUAGUGAAAAAAUACAGUACUGUGCAAAAGUCUGUAUACUGUACUGUUGGUAUUUCUAAAAGCAAAAGAAGGGUACUUUCUAAGUGUCAAAAAUAACGACUGUAUGGUUCAGUAAAGAGUAAAAAAAAAAAAAAAAAAACAA